AUGGAGCCCGAGGGCGCGCAGACCACAAAUCAGACGCAAGCAGAAUCUUUAUCUUCAUGUCCCAACACUGUGUCACCGGUGCCAUUAAAUAAUCUGACCAGUGCUCCAAGGUUUGGAACAGUUACUCCAAAUCGUGUCUUUGUAGGAGGAAUUGAUUUUAAGACUAAUGAAAAUGAUCUGAGGAAGUUUUUUGCUCAGUAUGGCAGUGUGAAAGAAGUGAAGAUAGUAAAUGACAGAGCUGGAGUAUCAAAGGGGUAUGGCUUCAUUACUUUUGAAACCCAAGAAGAUGCACAGAAGAUUUUACAAGAGGCUAAAAAACUUAAUUAUAAGGAUAAGAAAUUGAAUAUUGGUCCAGCAAUAAGAAAACAACAAAUACGGAGUCCUCGUUCUACUGUAAUACCAGAAGCUGGUACAAUGUACUUAACUACUUCAAGUGGAUAUCCUUAUAUUUACCAUAAUGGAGUGGCUUAUUUUCAUACAUCUGAAGUUGCUUCUGUUCCACAGCCGUGGCCACCGCGCUCUGUUUCCAGUUCACCUAUGAUGGUAGCUCAACCAGUUUAUCAGUCUCCUACAUACCAUUAUCAGGCACCAACACAGUGUCUUCCAAGUCAGUGGCAGUGGUCUGUUCCACAGUCUCCUGCCUCUUCACCUUCAUUCUUGUAUCUGCAGCCAUCUGAAGUCAUUUAUCAGCCAAUAGGGAUUACCCAGGAAAGUGGAUGUAUACCUCCACCUCUCCUAGUGGAAGCUGCAGUUCCUGAGCUGUAUUCUGAUCAUGGAGUUCAAGCACCACAUCACCAGCCUUAUGCCCAGAGUGCCAUAGCCAUACCUGCACCUGUGAUUCUCCAACAAGAACCUAUCAAGACACUGUGGAGCAUUCACUACUAAGCCAUUUGUGCAGCUCUAGUCUACCUGUACUGAUUUUCUUGUCCAGUCCUUCCCAUGUGGCUGAGAUCCAUCAUCAACAUACCAGCUAGCAGCUGCCUGUUGUGAAACUUGGGGUCAGUUGUUUCAUUGCAAUGCUUGCUAUUUACAAAUUAGUAAAUAAUAAAACAUGCUCAGAUAGAAUUUAGCAUAGUCUGCAAUAUUGCUUAGCUGC